UUCAGGAAUGUCAUGGGACGAAGCGAUAGAAAAAUGGUCAGAGUUGACUGGCGCUAAAGAAGGUUUUUACAUUUCUCAUCAAAUCAGAAACAGCAAACAUACUGCCAUAUUGGCUGUGGCCAUUGAUACAGGUGUGAAAAAGAAGUCCGAAUCGAAGAAGGAUCAAAUGUACUACGUGUACAGGCCGAACACUGGGCUACAAUUUCGACAAGAGAGCUUAGCCGAAUUAGAGAAAAAAUACAAAAAGGUUCAGUCAGAUGAGGCACAAGAAGCGUGGACGCAACAACACGAAGCAUCAGUAUCUACAUGUUCGCAUGCGUAUUGGCAAGGUAAUUGCCGGAACAUGAGUGUGGGACACGACUGCGAGGUCGGGUUGCGAAGACGCACUUACAACGUCGUUUCGGGCUCUGUCUUAUCAGUAUGGAGUCGUGUCGAAAGUGUACUUGCAAACAAGUGUGGAACACACAACAACAAAAUGCAAGUCAUACGACUCAAAACGGAGGACGGCUUUAAAAUUGUUGGAACCAUGAUUCCGAAAAACUGUGUAGAAUCUCUGAUAGAGGCGCUCUCUUCAGAUGCCGAAAAGGUGGAAGAAAAGACUUUUUAAAUUUACUUUGUUGUUAAUAUUAAUAAUAAUAAUUAAUAAUAUAAUUAGAAUUGUACACAACACACAUGAAAGUAUUAUUUCCGAAAUUCCUAUCUUUGAUAUUAUACAGAAGAAUUGUGUAAGGAUAUUUAUUUUAUUGAUAUAUUUUAAGAUUCUAUGGUAGGCGAUUGAUUAUUAAUCUCGAUUGUCAAACACUGUCGGAGAGCAACUUGUUUUAUCGUUUAAUUUUUUUUUUUUUUUCGAAUUGUCUAAAACGUAUCUAACAUUGUUGACUUUUUUUUAUUGUUUUCACUUUUUUAACGAAUCGUUUUUAACUAUUUUGUAUUGUAUAGUACGAAAACAAAACGGACUAUUUAGGUA